GCAGGCUUGCUCCUGCGGCUCGACCCGGCGCAGAGGUAUCCUCCGCUCCCCGCAGGUGACGUGCAAAGCCGCCUCGGCGGUUCUGGUGAAGACGCUGCGGUUCGUGAAAAAUGUCCCCUGUUUUCGCGAGCUGCCGGAGGACGACCAGCUGAUGUUGAUCCGGAGCGGCUGGGCACCCCUGCUCGUGCUGGGACUCGCACAAGACCGAGUGGACUUUGAGACCACGGAGACCGUGGAGCCCAGCAUGCUGCAGCGCAUCCUCACGGGUUUACCGGACAGGCAGAGCGAGGUGCCGGCUGGCCAAAGCAGGGGGGCAGCCGGGGUCUCUGUCGUGGAUAUCGAAGCUAUCAAAGCCUUCCUGAAGAAGUGCUGGAGUGUAGAUAUCAGUACGAAGGAGUAUGCGUACCUGAAAGGAGCUGUGCUGUUCAACCCAGAUGUGGAGGGUUUGCGCUGCCUCCACUACAUCCAGUCUCUGCGUCGGGAAGCGCACCAGGCUCUGAACGAGCACGUCAGGCUGAUCCACCGCGAAGACACGACGCGGUUCGCCAAACUGCUCAUAGCUCUGUCCAUGCUGAGGGCCAUCAACCCGCUGGUGGUCGCGCAACUCUUCUUCAGACCCGUUAUAGGGGCCGUCAACAUCGAGGAGGUGCUCAUGGAGAUGUUCUACGGGAAAUAGGUCACAGUCCACAGUGGACUGAGGUGAAUUCAGCAGAUCCAGAUGCCAGAUGGACUGAAAUGCUCCAAUCUCUUAUUGAGUAUGAGGUGAGGGAAGAUGAAGAGGAUAAUAGGGACUGAAUUUACAACUACUGUGUGUUGGAGAUAUUCAAGGACUGUGACAGUGACCAACACAGGCUAAGUGUGUGCGUGUGUGUAUGAGAGAAUGAGAAGCGAGAGUGUGUUGAGGGCAAACUAUGUUAUAAUAGAGGAAAAAACAAAGCAGCUGCUGGAAUUCAUAACUUAUUUGUUUUUAUAUAAACUAUUUUUUUAUA